AUUGAACCUUCUUGUUUAAUGGCGCACGUUGUUUCGAAUUAUGUGCGAUUGCUGUCAGCUUUUGAGGCAUUUCUCAAGCUGGACCAAUCUUCCCCAAAGCGGAUAGCUAUUUGUUCAGUGGCUCGAGUCAGCAUGGUUAAGAUAUCUCCGACGCCUGGCUGCAGUGCAACACUCUAACGUUUGGUAUUCCUGGGCUUCUUGUUGCUAUAAAACGUCGAAAUCUGUUCAUCAAAACCAACUCUUUUUUAUUCAUCUGUCCAUCUCGCAACUUAUUCAAAUUAUUGCAUAAAACAAGCUCCUGCAAAAUGAGUCAAACCAGUCUCGUCGAAUCUAGUUCUUCUGGCGAAGCUCCCCGAAAUGCAUUGUCACUCCGACUAGAGGCGCCUUUUGUUCCCCAGGACUCAAUUCCUCCCACUAAACAAUCAUACAACAUCCAGGGCCGCUACGUGUACGAAGCAGAAGCCAGCCCAGCCACGCCAACUUAUCACAUCUCUAAUCGCAAUACCCAAGCCGGUAAUCCGUGGCAAUUACAAAUCUGCCGCCUUCUGCCCAGCGAAGUUCGUCGCCUUGGUGCAGCGACAGGAAACGAUGCUUUUAUCAGAUACGAUGACGACUUGACACUUUACUCUGGCGAAAAGAUGACCAUUCCUUUCAGUUUCGCCGCCGGUCUCGGCCCCACGCCGCUCAUUGUUAUCAGGGGCCAAAAGAGAGGCACUAUCCAGGGAAGCAUCGUGAUGGAGAAGUCUGGCCGAUCAUGCAAGUUCUACCACAUGAUUCCCAUCAAGCGCGCCUUGACAAAGGCGGAAGAGGACAGGAUGCAGGCCCUCAUGCAUAAGCGUGGAUACCGUGAUUCUGAUGAUUGGAAGAAGAAGCUUUUGUUGACGGUGCAGGAGAACACGGGCAAGGUGGCAGAGUGGACUGAUGAGUAUGGAACUGUUGCCGUUGAGAAAGAUGAUAAGCUGGAGUUUUCAGGAGAGAUACAAACAGAGAAGAAAGAUCUUGUUGUUGCAUGCUGGGCUUGCAAGGGCUUUGUACUGGACAAAACCACCUAGAUAAAUAUCACUGUGGAACCUUGGACGGCAAGGCGUGAUUGCUCGAAGGUUCCGUCGCGUCAUAACUUCUCGGACAUACCAUGACUCCAUACCAAUUCAGCUCCGUAAUACUUGCCAG